GCGGGGACCGCGAUCUAGCUGGUCGUAUUCGCGGAACUCGUAACCUACCACGUGGUCAGCAAAUAGAACCUCAAAACUUAAUAUAAUGUCUAGCAAGGAAUUGACAUCGGAGUUGGGUCCUCCGUGUAGCCUCAUCCUAGCCGAUGGCUCCGUGCAUACAGGCUGGAGCUUCGGGGCUCAAGUCCCUAUGGAGGGUGAAGUCGUGUUUCAGACGGGCAUGGUGGGCUACCCCGAGUCGCUGACAGAUCCCUCCUACCACGCACAGCUGUUGGUUCUCACCUAUCCAUUGGUCGGCAACUACGGAGUGCCCAAUGAAGAAGAGCGCGAUGAGCACGGUAUACCAAGAUGGUUUGAGUCGGAGCGUAUUUGGGCGGCCGGUCUAAUCGUAGGCGAAGUGAGUAGUCACGCGUGUCACUGGCGGGCCCACCGCUCGCUGGGGACGUGGCUGCGCGCGCGCGGCGUUCCCGGCCUGUGCGGUAUUGACACUCGCGCUCUCACACAUCGCCUGCGGGAAGGCAUCAUGCUAGGCCGCAUCGUACAAGGCGCCCCACCCUCAGCGCCUUUGCCUCCUAUAUCAGACCCAAACUUAAGAAAUCUUGUAGCCGAAGUUUCUACUAAGGAGCCUAAAAUUUUUAACCCCAACGGAGAAGUCACAAUAAUGGCGGUCGAUUGCGGCCUAAAAUACAAUCAGAUACGUUGUUUAAUAAAAAGAAAUGCUAAAGUUAUUUUAGUGCCUUGGGACUAUGAUUUAGUAUCACAAGAUUUCGAUGGAUUGUUUAUAAGUAACGGUCCUGGCGAUCCUGUGAUGUGUAGAAAAGUCGUAGAUAAUUUAAAGAAAGUUAUUGAAAAUAAGAACAAUGUAAAACCGGUGUUUGGAAUAUGCUUAGGUCAUCAAUUGUUAGCGACUGCAGCUGGCUGUAAAACAUAUAAAACAAGAUACGGUAAUCGUGGCCACAACUUGCCUUGCACCCACAGCACUACAAAAAGAUGUUUUAUGACUUCACAAAAUCAUGGGUUUGCAGUAGACGCUAAAUCAUUGCCUGAAGAUUGGAAAAUAUUAUUCACCAAUGAAAAUGAUAAAACUAACGAGGGCAUAAUUCACAAGUCUUUACCAUUCUUUAGUGUUCAGUUCCACCCCGAACAUACAGCUGGCCCAACAGAUUUAGAGUGUCUUUUUGAUAUUUUCAUAAAAGGAGUUAAAUCUUACAAAAACAAAACUAUUUGUUGUAUAGACGACAUGAUAACUGAACAAUUAACCUAUAUUCCAAGUCUUCCUGAUAAACCUAAAAAAGUGUUAAUUUUGGGUUCAGGAGGAUUGUCUAUCGGACAAGCUGGUGAAUUUGAUUAUUCAGGAUCUCAGGGAGUCAAAGCUAUGCAGGAAGAAAAGAUUCAAACUGUUUUAAUCAAUCCAAACAUAGCAACAGUACAAACAUCAAAAGGCUUGGCUGAUAAAGUUUACUUUUUGCCCAUAACUCCAGAAUACGUAGAACAAGUAAUAAAAGCCGAACGACCGACCGGUGUUCUCUUGACAUUUGGUGGGCAAACUGCUUUAAACUGCGGCGUUGAACUACAAAAAUCAAAGGUCUUCGAAAAAUACAACGUAAAAGUUCUCGGGACACCGAUUCAAUCUAUUGUGGAUACUGAAGAUAGAAAAAUCUUUGCUGAGAAAAUUAACUUGAUUGGAGAAAAAGUGGCGCCAAGUGCAGCGGUGUCCUCAGUUGAUGAAGCAAUCACUGCAGCGUUACAGAUAGGGUAUCCGGUGAUGGCUCGCUCCGCUUUUUCCCUCGGUGGGCUCGGUUCAGGGUUUGCAAAUAACGAAGAAGAACUCCGAACAUUAGCCCAUCACGCUCUUUCACAUUCGGAGCAAUUGAUCAUUGAUAAAUCAUUAAAGGGAUGGAAGGAAGUUGAGUAUGAAGUAGUUAGAGAUGCUUACGAUAAUUGCAUCACUGUCUGUAACAUGGAAAAUGUAGAUCCUCUAGGAAUACACACAGGUGAAUCCAUCGUUGUGGCUCCUAGUCAAACGUUAUCUAAUAGAGAGUACUACAUGUUACGUAAUACAGCAUUAAAAGUUAUAAGACAUUUCGGUAUUGUUGGCGAAUGUAACAUACAGUACGCCCUUAAUCCUUAUUCGGAAGAAUUUUAUAUCAUAGAAGUGAAUGCUAGAUUGUCGAGAAGUUCAGCACUGGCAAGUAAGGCGACAGGAUACCCACUCGCAUAUGUUGCAGCCAAACUAGCGUUGGGAAUCUCUUUGCCUGAAAUCAAAAAUUCUGUAACAGGUGUUACUACAGCUUGUUUUGAACCAAGUUUAGAUUACUGUGUUGUUAAGAUACCAAGAUGGGACCUGGCUAAAUUCAACAGAGUGAGCACCAAAAUUGGAAGUUCCAUGAAAAGUGUAGGAGAGGUGAUGUCAAUUGGAAGAAAUUUUGAAGAAGCUUUCCAGAAAGCUUUACGUAUGGUGGAUGAAAAUGUUAAUGGAUUUGAUCCAAAUAUCAAAAAAGUGAAUGAAGAUGAAUUGAGAGAACCUACUGAUAAACGGAUGUUCGUAUUAGCCGCUGCACUCAAACAAGGGUACACGUUGGAUAAACUUUAUGAGCUUACAAAAAUUGACCGUUGGUUUUUAGAAAAAUUUAAAAAUAUCAUCGAUUACUACAAAAGCCUCGAAGCGACUCCCCCGAAUAUCAUAACUUCCCGCGAUUUAAAAACAGCAAAACAAAUUGGAUUUUCCGAUAAACAAAUCGCAGCCGCUGUUAAAAGUACUGAAUUGGCAAUCAGAAAGCUUCGAGAAGAAUAUAAUAUAACUCCUUUCGUCAAACGAAUUGAUACAGUUGCAGCCGAAUGGCCAGCAUCCACAAACUAUCUUUAUCUUACAUACAAUGGAAUGACACAUGAUUUGGAUUUUCCUGGUGAGCAUGUUAUGGUUCUGGGAUCCGGCGUUUACAGAAUCGGAAGUUCAGUUGAAUUUGACUGGUGUGCUGUUGGUUGUCUAAGAGAGUUAAAAAAUCAAGAUAAAAAAACUAUUAUGAUAAAUUACAAUCCAGAAACUGUUAGUACUGAUUACGACAUGAGCGAUAGGUUAUACUUUGAAGAAAUAUCUUUUGAAGUCGUCAUGGAUAUUUAUAAACUUGAAAAACCCGAUGGGGUUAUACUUUGUAUGGGUGGACAAUUACCAAAUAACAUUGCAAUGGAUUUACAUAGACAACAAGCUGUUAUUUUGGGCACUUCACCUGAUAUGAUUGAUAAUGCAGAAAACAGAUUUAAAUUUUCACGUAUGUUGGAUCGGAAAGGAAUACUUCAACCGCGAUGGAAAGAACUUACUGACCUCGAAUCGGCGAAAGCUUUUUGUGAGGAAGUGGGCUUUCCAUGCUUAGUACGUCCUUCGUAUGUUCUCAGCGGCGCUGCUAUGAACGUAGCACAUUCCAACCAAGAUUUAGAGGUUUAUUUAAAAUCGGCAAGUAAAGUUAGUAAGGACUAUCCCGUUGUUAUUUCUAAAUUUAUUAUGGACGCUAAAGAAAUCGACGUUGAUGUGGUAGCGGCAGAUGGAACGAUUCUCUGCAUGGCUGUAUCCGAACACGUUGAAAAUGCUGGCGUCCAUUCCGGCGACGCGACAUUAGUAACGCCACCACAAGAUAUAAACAAUGAAACGUUAGAUAAAAUUAAAGAAAUUGCAAGAAUAAUAGCGGAAACUUUAGACGUUACGGGUCCGUUUAACAUGCAGCUUAUUGCAAAAGAUAAUGAAUUAAAAGUUAUUGAAUGUAAUGUGAGAGUAUCUAGAUCCUUCCCGUUCGUUUCAAAAACCCUUGAUCACGACUUUGUUGCGAUGGCGACUAAAGUAAUCCUGGGUAUCCCGGUAGAGCCGGUAAAUGUUAUGGCUGGGUGCGGAAAAGUGGGCGUUAAGGUACCACAGUUUUCAUUCUCAAGAUUAUCUGGAGCAGACGUGACUCUGGGUGUAGAAAUGGCGUCAACAGGUGAAGUUGCAUGUUUUGGUGAAAAUCGAUACGAAGCUUACCUAAAAUCUCUCAUGAGCACAGGUUUCAGAAUACCCAAAAAAGCUAUAUUGCUUUCUGUCGGAACUUUUAAGCAUAAAAUGGAAUUAUUGCCAAGUGUUCAAAUUUUACACAAGAUGGGCUAUAAAUUAUACGCGAGCAUGGGAACUGGAGACUUUUAUGCAGAGCACGGCGUCGAGGUUGAGAGUGUUCAAUGGACGUUUGACCACAUCGGUGAUCCAGACGACGCCAGGUCUGACGGAGAGCUGAUGCACCUCGCUGACUUCAUGGCCCGACGCCAGUUGGAUCUUGUCAUCAAUCUGCCGAUGCGGGGAGGUGCGCGCCGCGUCUCAUCGUUCACUACGCACGGGUAUCGCACUCGUCGGCUCGCUGUAGAUUACGCAGUUCCCUUGGUCACCGAUGUUAAAUGCGCUAAACUUCUAGUUCAGGCCAUGUUGCAAUGCGGUGGAGCGCCAUUAAUGAAAACACAUACAGAUUGUAUGACAUCACGUAAUAUCAUUAAAUUGCCUGGGUUCAUUGACGUACACGUCCAUGUUCGUGAACCUGGAGCUACAUAUAAAGAAGAUUUCGCAUCGUGUACAGCCGCCGCUCUUGCGGGAGGUGUUACCAUGAUAUGUGCAAUGCCCAACACGAACCCACCUGUGGUCGAUCGCCAAGCAUUCGAGUAUGUGUCCGCUUUGGCAAGAGUGAGUGCUCGUUGUGACUAUGCUUUGUUCGUAGGUGCAUCUUCUACCAACUACGACACCGCAUGUGAGUUAGCACCACAAGCUUCAACUUUAAAAAUGUACCUCAAUCAAACAUUUACUACUCUCCAACUCGAUGAUAUGACUAUUUGGCAAAGGCAUUUACAAAAUUGGCCAAAGAAAAUACCGAUUUGCGUUCACGCCGAACGUGAAAAAACAGGUGCAGUUAUAUUAAUGGCUUCAUUGCUAGAUCGGCCCGUUCAUAUUUGUCACGUCGCUCGAAAAGAAGAAAUUUCUAUCAUCAGAGCGGCGAAGAAAGGAGGGCUAAAAGUGACGUGUGAAGUGUGUCCACAUCAUUUGUUUUUAAGCACAGAUAACAUAGAUGACAUCGGUUCAGGCCGCGCCGAGGUACGACCGGUUCUGUGCAGUCCCGAAGACCAAGCCGAACUAUGGAAAAAUAUGGACAUAAUUGACGUUUUUGCAACCGAUCAUGCUCCGCAUACAGUCGAAGAGAAAAACUCGGAGAAACCUCCUCCGGGAUUUCCAGGCCUGGAAACAAUUUUACCGUUGUUACUCAAUGCUGUGCACGAGGGGCGACUAACGAUCGAAGAUAUCAUCAAUAAAUUUCACAGAAAUCCGCGUAAAAUCUUCAACCUGCCCGAGCAACCUAACACGUAUGUAGAAGUGGAUAUGGACUACGAAUGGACUAUUCCGAAUGCAAUGGAAUUUUCGAAAUCCAAGUGGACUCCAUUCGCAGGAAUGAAAGUGUGCGGGGCGAUUCAUCGUGUAACUUUACGCGGGGAAAUAGCUUAUGUGGAAGGUCAAAUUCUUGUGCCACCAGGAUUCGGACAGAAUGUGCGCGAUUGGCCAUCGCCCAAGAAACAAACUUUCGCUACAUAUGCGGUCGAAAAAGCGGAAAAAGAAUUGAGUCGACCGAACUCUGCCCUCGAUCAUCACGUAUCUUCAGAAUUGAGUCGAUUGAGUGAUUUUGACCUGGAUCAAGUAGAGCCAAGUAAACCCGACGGUUCGGGUAAAUUAAACGUCCACUUCAACGAUGCAACUGGACUCAGGAGUAUGUCACCACUUCCUCCUCAAACAACAAUGCGGCAAAGGUGUGACAGUUCCUCGUAUGGCAACACCGCUCAGACCGCACUAUCACAUCGUCAAAAAAGUGAUCUGUUCGGUAAAAGUAUUUUAACCGUCGAUUCGUUCAAUAAGGAAACGCUAAAUGAUAUUUUCAACCUUGCUCAAUUUAUGAAAACCAGCGUGAGUAAAGGUCGUUACUUAGAUGACAUAUUGCGAGGAAAAGUCAUGUCGUCAAUAUUCUAUGAAGUGAGCACACGAACUAGUUGUAGUUUCGCAGCUGCGAUGCAGAGACUCGGAGGCUCCGUCAUUCAUACAGACGCCACAAGCUCUUCAGCCAAGAAAGGUGAAACCUUAGAAGAUAGUGUCGCAGUAAUGGCGAGUUAUUCGGAUAUUGUUGUACUACGACAUCCAGAGCCGGGAGCUGUAGCGCGCGCCUCGCGACACUGCCGCAAACCAAUCAUCAAUGCAGGAGAUGGAGUCGGCGAACAUCCUACCCAAGCACUGCUAGAUGUUUUUACGAUAAGAGAAGAAAUUGGUACAGUAAACGGACUCACUAUAACCAUGGUUGGAGACCUUAAGAAUGGUCGCACAGUUCACUCUCUGGCAAGAUUACUCACUUUGUAUCAAGUUCAACUGCAGUAUGUAAGUCCGCCAGGACUCGGUAUGCCUAAACAUAUAAUGGACUAUGUGGCAUACAAAGGUAUUCCACAAAAAGUGUAUGAAAGAUUAGAGGACGUGUUAGCUGACACUCAUGUUCUAUAUAUGACCAGAAUUCAACGUGAAAGAUUCGACAGUCAACAGGAAUAUGAAAAGAUGCGUGGACUGUUAGUUGUGACUCCUCAACUCAUGACACGAGCCCGAAGAAGAAUGAUUGUGAUGCAUCCUUUGCCAAGAGUCGACGAAAUAUCCCCGGAAUUUGAUUCCGACCCUCGUGCCGCGUACUUCCGCCAAGCUGAGUAUGGCAUGUAUGUGCGAAUGGCACUGCUAUCAAUGGUCGGUGGGGUCAACCCACUUAUUUAGCAUUCCAUAAAUAAACCGACUAAAUAACUAACCAGAGUAAGUAUUCCUACAGUGCAAAUGUACAAAUUUAAGUACAAACAAAAUUUAAAAAAGCUACUUCAAUUUUUAGAAAUAUCUUUAAAUGAAAUUGUA